CGAAGUUGUAAACAAAACUUCCACUUCCCAAUGCAGCCUGAUAGACGUCAGAGCUCAGGGGGGUGACUACGCGGUGUCCGCCACAAGUUUGAAACUGGACCAAAAAUCCCAUAUCCUGUGCCAGUGUGCUGUGAAUGUUGUGUCUUGAUUAAACAAGUGACUUGUGUCAGGUUAUUUAUGGUGCUUUUAACAGUCAUCAUUUUAUCCAUUAUGCGAAAUUCAAGAUCGCCGUCUGCCGUCUGGCUGAAUUCAAAAGUAGACUAACUAGUUAAGGAAUACUGUAAAUUCUGUAAUGGUAAAUAGUUGUUUGAAUAAUUAAAUUACUAGUAUGCCGAAGUACGAAUUAUUAAGGAUACUACACUGGGGACCAUUAAUUACUCUCUGUAUCAUUGGAAGUAUCUCCCUGUGCACCGUGUCCUGCCUCGGGCAAUGGCACAACCAUCGGGACGCUUUCCUCAACCUGGCCAGGACCGCCACGCAACUUGAUGGUAGAGAGCGGAGUGAGCCAGACCGGACCGUGUGGAGCCUUGUGUCCCCGUACGUUCUGACGGUCUUCUUGUUGCUGUCCUCGGCCACGCUGUACUUCUACCUGCGGGCCAUGUGGGGGGGCCCUGGGGCCGUGCCUGCUAACUGGGCCCCGAGUGACCUACAGGACACGCAGUAUCUGCAGCACUGCAGCCUCUGCAGCGCCUACAAGCCUCCCAGAGCUCACCACUGCAGACAGUGUGGCCGCUGCAUCCCUAAGAUGGACCACCACUGUCCAUGGAUCAACAACUGUGUUGGCCAUCAGAACCACGCGCACUUUGUCCUCUUCCUCCUGUCCGCCGUAGUCGGCUGCGCGGUGGCCACUUUUGUGCUGGCCCCGUCCGUCUACUGGGGCCUCUACAGGCGAUGGUCAGUGCUACUGGGCCUCCUGCGGGGCCUCUACAGGCGAUGGUCAGUGUCCACCUGGCCCCGUCCGUCUACUGGGGCCUCUACAGGCGAUGGUACCUGCUGUAUGGCCCAGGCCACGCGCCCGUCGUGCUGCUGUCCCUGUGGGGCCCUCAACGUGUUGGUGCUGUGCAGGUACCUGCUGUAUGGCCCAGGCCACGCGCCCGUCGUGCUGCUCUCCCUGUGGGGCCUCCUCAUCAACAUGUUCGUGCUGGGCCUCGCCAUUGGCGUCGUGCUCGCCGUGGGCCUCCUGCUAUACUUCCAGGUUCGCGCUGUGGUGCGCAACAGCACCGCCGUCGAGGACUGGAUCCUGGAGAAGGCGAACCAUCGACGCGCCGACGCCCGCCUCCCGCCCUUCACGUACCCGUACCACCUGGGCACGUGGAGCAACCUGCAGCAGGUGUUUGCAAACGUGUGGUGCACAGCGCCAGGAGACGGCAUCUACUGGCCAGUACGUGAGGGCUGCACACAGUACACGCUUACUAUCACGUAG